UGAGGGGGUCGGUUGGCACCCGGGGGGGCUUGUGGCGUGCGGUGAGACGGGAGUGGGAGGCACCGGCGAGUCGCGGGGUGUCCGGUCCUGGGAGUGUGACAGCAGCCUCGUGCCCCGCGGGGGUCGCCCCACCCGGUUCAAAGGAAGAACAGAGGAGAAAACCAACUAUGAAAGUACUGGUUAUUGGCCUUGGAGGUGUAACAAAUGGGGGGAAAACAACGCUGGCAGAAAAGCUUAAGAAAGUGCUUCCCAACUGUGAUGUAAUCUCUCAAGAUGACUUCUUUAAGCCAGAGUCUGAAGUAGAAACAGAUGACCGUGGAUUUAAGCUGUAUGAUGAGCUUGAUGCCCUUUAUAUGGAUGAUUUGGUGAAAAGUAUUCACAAUUGGAUGAAAAGCCCAACAAGCUUAGGUGUUGUGACAGAAGAGCCUCAGAAUGCAUGUGACACUGUGAAAAAUGCAGAUGAUGUUUAUAUUUUGAUUGUUGAAGGCUUUCUGCUAUACAAUUAUAAGCCACUUAAUGAACUAUGGAAUAGAAGAUAUUUUUUGACCCUUCCUUAUGAAGAGUGCAAAAGGAGAAGAAGCACCAGAGUCUAUCAGCCAGCAGAUACACCGGGGUACUUUGAUGGACACGUGUGGCCUAUGUAUGUGAAAUAUAAAAAUGAAUUGGAAGACGAUGCAAGUAACGUUGUUUAUUUGGAUGGAACAAAAUCCCAAGAGGAGCUUUUAUCCUGUGUGUAUACAGAUAUAAUGCAGGAAUUAAAAAAGAUGAGGAAAGGAAAUCAGCAGGUCACAGCAUGAUAAUGUAGAAAGCCUAGGUUCCAUUUGAUAACACCUGAAAAACCCAAGACUGUAAUACUUGGCAAGCCAACCAGCUGAGCAGAUGUUGUGUGAACCUCCAUCAUGUUCAUGGAACACAAGUGGAUUUAUUGCAACUAUUAACUCUGUAAGCCUCAGAUAUUUUUGAGUGGUAUCAACAAUGCAUUAAUCUUUGGAAUUUAUUCAGUCACUCAGGCUUUGGCUGAUCUGUUAAUCUGAUUGAAUGCAUGUCUUUUAAAGAAUAUUAAGAUGCAAUUCUGUUGGAUUAAUAAGCAUAUGGGAACAUACAUUAAAGCAAUUUGAAAUGUUCAUAUAGAAAUGACAGUGAUUACCUCAUAUUUUUACCAGCUUCUAAUCAUGGAUAAACAUGCUUAGAUGAACUAGUUACAUGCUGUGGCAAUAGUAAGUUUAAGAUUAUAUAAGCUGUUACACUGCUUAUUCAGUAACUGAAGCUGUUAUUGAGUACAUCAUAACUGAACUUACGUAGACUUGCCAGAAUUAUGUGUAUUGUGCAAAGAUUGACUGUUGGGAUGGCAUAGACCACUAGACAAUAAAUCCAUGCUUCAGGGAGGAGGAGGAAAUAAUUUUUGUUAAUUUUGAUAAUUCAGGUUGAAGUUAUCCUACCUAUCCUAAUACCCUAAUUAAUUAUUGUAAUUAAAGAGUUCAGAAAGCAGGUAUGCUAACUGUAUGUUAAAACUUUGUUAUAGGAUUUGUGUUUAUAAAUUUAAAUAAACUAGGAAUCUGGGAAGUUAAAUCAUUUUGGUUGCUGAAUAAGUAGUGCAUUAAGUCUUACAUAUUAUAUACAAGCUCAUACAUUUUUAUUAGCGAGAAUAAAAAUCGAGCUGCCAUCAUGAAAAGCAAAGGAUGGACUAUAUUUCUUGCUGUGUGUCAGCUGAAUUGAUAAUGGUGAUUGAAACGUGAUGCUUUACUGUUAGCAGUGUUGACUCGUAAACCUGUAUAUGACAGAGAUCUUAAACAGAUUAGAAUUGUAUUUAAGAUGCGUUCAAUACAAAGUAAUUACAAAUAUUAUUUUUUAUUAUUAUUUUGCAGUAAAAAUACUUGAAAUUACAUUUGCUCAAA